ACUCCUGUAGAUAACGGACCAUGAAAUGUAGCCACCGAAUACCACCAUUUUUUUCCGUAAUGCCUCCGGUUCUUGAAUUUUGAUAUCUGUUCUUCGCUCCAAAAGUCAAAUUAAAUUUCGUUUCUGAUUUUUUUUUCCCAAAUAAAUCAAAAUUUAAUAAUGUCAACACAAAAGUCAGUAUACCUGUGGAAAAAUAUUCUUGUUCUGGUGGUUGCAUUCACCGUUUUCACUUUGGUAUUUUCUUUUCCAAGAAGUCAAAACAGAAGGUUUCAGAUAAACACAUCCUGGCAACAACAACAACAACAACGUCAAGCCAGACCACGAAGACAAAACUGGUGGGUUUGGAGAAGACGGCAGAUUUUACAAGACCAAUGGAACCCAGAUAUCUAUCAGAGGCUAAGAUGGGACAUUCUGCCUCCAGGUCACAGAAGAAGACCGCAACAAGCUGGUGAAAUUAGUCCUGAGGAACGAGGCAAUAGAUUUGAGGGAGACAUGUCUGUCAAUCCUCCUCUGAGGAAGAAACGUGGUGUACUCAGUGACAAGUUCCAGCGGUGGCCCAUUGGUAUCAUACCUUACACUCUACACAAAUCCUACAAUACAGCGCAAAGGUCCCUGAUUCUAAAGGCCAUGAAUGAAAUUACAUCAAAAACUGUUGUCCGUGGUUCUCGCUGUAUUUAUUUCACUCCAAGAACACACCAACCAGAUUAUUUGGAUAUUAAACCUGAUGUCGGCUGUUUUUCUUCUGUUGGGAAGAAUGGUGGAAGCCAGACCCUUUCUUUGGAACCAGAUUGCUUCUACAAAGGCACCAUUAUGCAUGAAUUGCUGCAUUCUGUUGGUCUUUGGCAUGAACAAAGUCGUACAGACCGAGAUAAUUAUGUAACAGUGAACUAUGAAAACAUUCUUGCUGACCCAGUGGUGAACCGCAGUGUGAAUUUUCUAAAAUAUUCAGUGGAUUACAUAGAUGACUUAGGAUUACCUUAUGAUUACCAAUCCAUAAUGCAUUACGGUUUUGCUUUUUUUGCCAAAGAUCCUUAUUCACCAACACUAUCACCCAAAUACCCAUAUGCCUAUAUUGGACAAAGAAAAUACAUCAGUCCUAUUGAUGUUAAAAAAGUUCAGCUUCUUUACGGUUGUGGGGGACAUACAAAGUGGGACUGCAACUUUGAACAACAGAACAUUUGUUCUUGGAAACAAAAUACAGAUGAUGAUUUUGACUGGAAAGUCUUCAAAGGUUCGACUCCAACUGCAUUCACUGGCCCCAGUGGAGAUAAUACUAAUGGUCUUGGCUAUUACAUCUUUGCUGAAGCUAAUGGACAUGAGAAUAGAGUGACACGGCUCACUUCACAACGUAUACCAACUAAUUUAUAUUGUAUCAAACUCUCUUACCACAUGGCUGGCUAUACAGUAGGCAUGUUGACUCUACGAGCACAGUUCUUUGAUAGGCACCAAACAGAAGUAUUGUUUAGCAAGAGAGGAAUACAGGGAGAUGAAUGGCACAAAAGUGACGUUGAAUUUCAAGCCAGAUCCCCAUUUCAGUUGGUGCUGGAGGCUGUUAUUGGUUCUGGCAGAGAAGGUGACAUUGCUGUGGAUGACAUCAGAGUUGAACCAGGAUUCUGUAACUACAAACGGAAUUUCAGAGGGAUUGAUCUACUUUGAUAACUCUUCUGCACAUCGUACAUUUGUUAAAUGGUAACACUGUAACACGUUAAGAUUAGAAACAUAUAAACAUUGAAGCAUGUUAUGUUUGUAAAUAAAAUCUUUCUGUAAAAUACAGCAAUCAAAUUAAAA